AUGUCGACUGACUCAGUCGUCUCGCCGCGCAAGCGUCUGCCGCGUCUAUAUGUGGACCAGCUCACAGCUGCAAGUGACAGUAUUGUAGUACAGGAAGAUGAGUACCAUAAUGUAACAUUGUCUAGUGCACAAUCUUCUCCGUCUACUGCGUCAUCUCUGAGCUCUCUUAACAGUCUUGUUGUUGAUACAAAGAACAAGACGAAGUCGCCCCCGUUUGAAUUGAUUCAUUUGCACGAACGUGUAACAUCCAGACUUGUAGGUAACAAAAGCACGGAUGAUCAUGAAUUUGUCGCUGAUGCAAAAGAUGACGGACUCACGACAUUUCAGCAGCUUUGUAAAUGGCUACAGCGUCUACGAGAGACGUUUGGCACGUCGUUCCUGCUACUCGUGGGUACAGUGUAUGCUGUACAGGGUUUUAUGAGCUUUAGCACGCUAGCAGUCAACUAUUUUUUUAAGGAGAAUUUGCAGCUACAACCAGCAGAAUCGCAGUCCUUGCUGACGGUCAUGAUGGUGCCUUGGGGAAUCAAACCACUCUAUGGCAUUAUUUCGGACAGUUUGCCGCUAUUUGGAUACCACCGCAAGUCGUAUAUGAUGCUCUGUAGUGUCAUUGGUAUGGUGUCAACGCUCACGUUAGCAGUGCCAGAUUUGAUUGUUACUCCACUUGGUGCGGUGUUGGUGCUUAUGCUGAACUGUCUGUCGACAGCAGUGAUCGACGUGGUAAUUGAUGCACGAGUUGUGGAGAUGUCGAGAUUAGACUCGAAGUAUGGAGCAAAUGAUCUUCAGUCGGUAUCAUGGGUGUCCAUGUCAGUAGGCGGCGUGCUUGGAUCUUUCUUGUCUGGUCCGGCCACACAUAAUCUGGGUGUGCGCGCCGUGUUCUUUUUCGCGGCUGUUGGUCCACUUACAAUUUUGAUUCUUUCCAUCAUGAUGCAUGAAGAGAAGACAUCGGUGAGCAAGCGUCACUGGAAAUUGUCGGCAAAAAAUCAGUUGCGACAGCUAAAGUGCGCAAUUUGCACGCCCGUGAUCUGGAUGUGCGCACUUUGGGUGUUCUUGUCAGGUGCUAUUAGCCCCGGGUAUUCCCAGGUAUUUUUCUAUUUCUCGACGGACGUACUACAGUUUACCCCGGAGUUUUUAGGGACUGUUUCUGCGUUCGGGUUUAUCUUUUUGAUGGUCGGCACCAUGUUAUACAAUGCAUGCUUCAAGGACAUGUCAUUCCGUCGCGUCUUUUUGAUUGCGCAGAUUAGUUUAUCUAUUAUAUCGUUGUUGGACGUCGUGCUGGUCACGCGCUCUAAUUUGGACAUUGGAAUCCCUGACAAGGCAUUUGUACUGGGUGACGCUGUUAUCGCGGACGUUAUUGGCCGCCUCAAAACAAUGCCUGUGAUGGUGCUCUGCGCUAAGUUAUGCCCUAAGGGUGUUGAGGGUACUUUGUUUGCGCUGUUGAUGUCCAUCGCUAAUUUUUCUAGCUGUGUGAGCGAAUUUUGGGGCGCUUUAGUCUGCGCAUGGUUGGGUAUUGCCAAGAAUGAGUACGACAAGUUGUGGCUUGCCAUAAUCUUGCGCAGUAUAUUGAAGGUGGUUCCUAUUUUCUUCCUUCACCUAAUUCCAGUGACAGACCCCCAAGAAAUUGUGGAUGAGCUGGAUUUUAACUUACCUGCGUAUGAUGGUACAACAAAGGCUAGAGAUGGCGAAGACGAGGACAAAGAGGACGAUGACGAACACGUGGGCACAAUUUGUGAAGAUCACGCAGUACAGGACUGUUCUCCCAGCGAAAAAGGUGAGCUGGAACGUGUAGUCGCUGCUCUUGUUUGA